CUAAAACAUAAUACAGUGCAAACAAACCAAACCAACCACCCACAGAUAACAGUACAUACAAGCAAGCGUCGUCAGGCAGGCCGGGUCAAUAUCAAUAGGGCAGGUAGGUACAGGGGGAGCAAGCAGAGAUGGGUCGGGGUCACAGGCCAGGUUCAGCAGGUAGCAAGCAGCGUGGUACAGAGGGUCAGGCAGAGGGAUGGUCAGGAGCGAGCCGGGAUCAGAGCAGGAGAAGUCAGCAGCGGUUCAGAUCAGGCAGGGUCAGCAAAGGAACAGAAACAGGAUGCAGGACAGAUACAGGGCCCAGGACAAACACAACACCAAGGCAGAGUCUGCAAGUCUGGCCAU